UUAAGCUAUUUAUCAGAAGUUGUUAAUUUUGUGUUUAAUUUCAGGGUUUUUAGGGCUUUUUGAUAAUGGUGUUCUGAAAUCUUGAUGAAAUUUGUUUUCUUGAUAUAAUUUCACACAACUUUUUAGUGUUGGGAUUUUGGUAUGAGAGCAUAAUUACUUGUUGAUAAAAAAAAAAAGAUGUUAUCUGAAAUGGGUAGGAGGCAUAUGAUUAGUAGUGGUGGUGGUGGUGGUGGUGAGGGUUCAUAUGGGGAUGAAUUAGAAAAAGAGAUAGGAUUGAUACUUAGGCGAGAAGCCGAUGACCGCGAAAAAGAGUUAAACAUGUAUAGAAGUGGCUCGGCGCCGCCUACGGUAGAGGGUUCAUUAAGUGCAGUUGGUGGUUUGUUUAAUAGUAAUAGUAAUGGUCUAAGCAAUGGUUUAGCUUUUUCUGAAUUUGCUGGUGGUAAUGGAUUUAUGUCUGAGGAAGAACUUAGGGCUGACCCUGCUUACUUGUCUUACUAUUAUUCGAAUGUGAAUUUGAAUCCUAGGUUGCCACCGCCUUUGUUGUCGAAGGAGGAUUGGCGGUUUUCGCAGAGGAUGCAGGGCGGUGGUGGGUCUGGGUUGGGUGGGAUUGGUGAUAAGAGGAAAGCGAACAAGGCUGAUGGUGGCGGUGGUGGUGGAGGCGUGUCAUUGUUUUCUAUGCCGCCUGGCUUUAAUUCAAAGAAGCAGGAGAAUGAAAAUUUGGAAACCGAAAAAGUUAAGGUUUCUGCAGAGUGGGCCGGUGAUGGGUUGAUCGGUUUGCCUGGUUUAGGAUUAGGUAGUAAACAGAAGAGCCUUGCUGAAAUUUUCCAGGACGAUUUAAGCCGUUCAACUCCACCAUCUGGACACCCUUCUAGACCGGCUAGCCGUACUGCUUUUGAAAACAAUGAUGAAACCUUAGGUCCCAUUGACGCUGAGCUGACACAAUCUCAUGGUGCGAAGGGUCCACCCACAUCAUACUCUUAUGCUGCAGCUUUGGGUGCUUCUCUAUCAAGAAGCACCACUCCUGACCCACAACACAUUGCUAGGGUCCCGAGCCCAAUUCCAACCCCUAUAGGAGGUGGGCGGGUCAUUCCCUCAGAGAGGAAAAAUGUCAAUAGUCCGGGUCUGUUUGAUGGAGCUCUGUCACAUCCAAAAGAUCCUGCUGAUUUGGUGACUGCAUUGUCGGGAAUGACUUUGUCGAAUGGUGUUGUUGGUGUAGAGUCAAACCGAGCUCAGUUUGACCAAAAUGAUGAUGAUCAGAAUACUUUUCUGAUGAAUAUGCAACGGAAUCCGAAAGUUACUAAGAAGAAAUUGUACCCUGAUGGAUCUCCCGCUAACUUGCAAUCUCAUUAUCAGCAGUUUGAUUAUUUGAACAAUGGGUCAGCAGGGUAUUCUAUCAAUUCACCAACUAUGAUGUCCGGUCAACAUGGCGGCAAUUUGAAUCUGCCCCCGUUAUUUGAAACCGCAGCCGCAGCUUCUGCCAUGGCUUAUCCUGGGAUGGAUUCAAGAUUCGGCUUGGAAUCAACACAUAUGACCAGAUUGGGGAAUCAAAUUGGGGGAAAUGCACUUCAAUCAUCUUUUAUGGAUCCUAUGUAUCUCCAAUACUUGAAAGCAACCGAAUACGCAGCUGCUGCUCAACUUGCUGCUUUAAGUGACCCGAGUAUUGACCGGAACAACUAUCUUGGAAACUCAUACAAUGAUUUGAUGCAAAAAGCGUAUCUUGGAACUUUACUAUCACCACAGAAGUCUCUAUAUGGCGGCGUUCAAUAUGUAGGAGCAUCUACGAGUCCUCACCACCAUGGUUAUUAUGGAAAUCCUGCAUUUGGAGCUGGUUUGUCAUAUCCUGGAAGCCCAUUAGCAAGCCCACUUUCUCCUGGUGGGCCUGGAAGCCCAAUCAGGCUCAGUGAACUGAACACACGUUUUUCUCCUCAAAUGAGAAAUCUAGGUGGAGGGAGUGGUGUCAUGGGACAUUGGCAUCUUGAUGGUGGUGAUGCUAGCUUUGCAUCUUCCUUGCUUGAAGAGUUCAAAAGCAAUAAAACUAAGUGCUUCGAGCUAUCUGAAAUUUCUACUCACGUCGUCGAGUUUAGUGCGGACCAGUAUGGUAGCCGUUUUAUUCAACAGAAACUUGAAACAGCAACAACAGAGGACAAAAAUAUGGUUUUUCAGGAGAUUUUCCCUCAGGCUCUUACUUUGAUGACUGACGUCUUUGGAAAUUAUGUGAUCCAGAAGUUUUUUGAGCAUGGGAUGCCAGAUCAGAGAAGAGAGUUGGCUGGGAAGCUGUUGGGCCAUGUUUUGACACUUAGUCUUCAAAUGUAUGGCUGCCGAGUUAUCCAGAAGGCUAUUGAAGUUGUUGACUUGGAUCAAAAGAUUAAGAUGGUGGAAGAGCUUGAUGGUCAUAUCAUGCGUUGUGUGCGUGAUCAAAAUGGGAACCAUGUUAUUCAGAAGUGUAUUGAAUGUGUCCCCGAAGAACACAUACAGUUUAUUAUCACAACUUUCUAUGAUCAAGUUGUGACCCUUUCCACCCACCCAUAUGGGUGUCGUGUCGUACAGAGGGUUCUCGAGCAUUGCGAGGAUCCAAGAACUCAAAGUAAAGUGAUGGAUGAAAUCCUUGCUUGUGUAAGCCUGCUAGCACAAGAUCAGUAUGGAAACUAUGUUAUUCAGCAUGUGUUGGAACAUGGAAAGCCAAAUGAACGUUCAAUAAUAAUCCAAGAGUUGGCUGGAAAGAUUGUUCAGAUGAGUCAACAGAAGUUUGCAUCGAAUGUGGUAGAAAAAUGUUUGACAUUUGGUGAUGUUAGUGAACGCAAACUCCUUGUGAACGAGAUGCUUGGUACUACUGACGAAAAUGAGCCUCUUCAGGCGAUGAUGAAAGAUCAGUUUGCAAAUUAUGUAGUGCAAAAAGUACUUGAAACUUGUAGUGAUCAAGAACGUGAGCACAUAUUGUCCCGAAUUAAGGUUCAUUUGAAUGCACUUAAAAAAUACACCUAUGGAAAACAUAUCGUUGCACGUGUAGAGAAACUUGUUGCUGCUGGAGAAAGGAGAAUUGCUGCGCAGUCGGCACAUGCUGCCUAGGAGGCAUAGGAAAUUAAGCUGUACAGCUAACGGAGGCUAGUUUGAGCUACCCUUUUUCCUCUCUCUCUUUCUGUCAUGUUCUCUCUAGUGGCUCCCUAUUUGCAAAUAAAGUAAGUUUGUACUUGAAAAACUGUACAUUCUGUAGCGUUUAAGGUCUAUACAUAGAGUUAUUUUGUUACAAGAAUCUGAGAGGCUUGGGUGUUCCACUCCUGAUGCUGGUCCAGAGGCAGUAUAAAGAUGACGGUGUAAAAAAGAUGACCGGAAAGGAAAGACGAGGUAGUUUUGUUUAUGUACAAAAAUGUUGCUCAUAUCGGAGAGCUAUUGAUGUUUCUAGGCUGAGUUGGAUUAUCGUUUGCACGUAUUAUGCUAUGCUAUCUAAUGACUUUUAUGCA